UCAUUGGCGUUCAGCAGCAGCAGCAGCAGUGCAGCACAAAGAGUGCGCGUUCAAAAGUGUCACAUUACACAUUUUCGCUUUUUCCAUUCACUCUUUUCCCUCGCCGUUUCGUUAUUUCAAUGUCGGAUCUCAAAUAUAACUAAAUCAAAAAUCCCUCAACAUUAUUAUAUCACAAUACAGAGAAGGAAAAAAAGAAAGAAGAAAAGAAAAGUAAAGAGAGAAGAAAAUGGUUCGGGGACUAUUGAACAAGCUCGUCUCUCGCUCCCUCUCCGUCGCCGGAAGAUGGCAGCACAACCAGCUCCGCCGUCUUAACAUCCACGAGUACCAGGGAGCGGAGUUGAUGAGCAAGUACGGAGUGAAUGUUCCGAGAGGCGUAGCUGUUUCCUCUGUUGAAGAGGCAAGGAAGGUUAUCAAGGAUGUCUUUCCUAAUGAAAGCGAGAUCGUGGUUAAGAGUCAAGUUUUGGCUGGUGGACGAGGCUUGGGAACUUUUAAAAAUGGUCUUAAGGGUGGUGUACACAUUGUUAAGGCUGACCAGGUUGCAGAUAUUGCUGGGAAGAUGCUUGGGCAGAUACUUGUUACCAAACAAACUGGUGCUCAGGGAAAACCAGUUAACAAGGUUUAUUUGUGUCAAAAACUGGCACUUGUGAAUGAGAUGUACUUUUCUAUAAUCCUGGAUCGUAAGUCUGCUGGUCCUCUUGUCAUUGCAUGUAGUAAGGGAGGAACCAGCAUUGAAGACCUUGCAGAGAAAUUCCCAGACAUGAUUAUAAAGGUACCGAUUGAUGUUUUUAAAGGAAUUACUGAUGAAGAUGCUGCAAAGGUGGUUGAUGGCUUGGCUCCCAAAGGAGCUGAUAAAAAUAAAUCUAUUGAACAAGUGAAGAAUUUGUAUAAUCUUUUCCGCAAAACUGACUGCACUCUUUUAGAAAUCAAUCCUCUAGCUGAAACUGCUGAUAACCAGUUGGUUGCUGCUGAUGCUAAGAUGAAUUUUGAUGAUAAUGCUGCAUAUCGUCAGAAAGAGAUAUUUGCUCUCCGUGAUACGACGCAAGAGGAUCCUCGAGAGGUGGCUGCUGCAAAGGCAGAUUUAAAUUAUAUUGGGUUAGAUGGAGAAAUUGGUUGCAUGGUGAAUGGUGCAGGGUUAGCAAUGGCCACAAUGGAUAUAAUUAAAUUGCAUGGGGGUACUCCUGCCAAUUUUCUGGAUGUAGGUGGCAAUGCCUCUGAAGGCCAGGUGGUUGAGGCAUUUAAGAUAUUGACUGCUGAUGACAAAGUAAAGGCUAUUUUGGUUAACAUUUUUGGUGGCAUCAUGAAGUGCGAUGUUAUUGCAAGUGGAAUAGUAAAUGCUGCCAAACAGGUUCAACUAAAAGUACCAGUUGUGGUUCGUCUUGAAGGCACCAAUGUUGAUCAAGGAAAAAGAAUUUUGAAGGAAAGUGGCAUGAAACUAAUAACAGCCGAAGAUUUGGAUGAUGCUGCACAGAAAGCAGUGAAAGCUUACAAAUGAAGGGUUACUUUUGUCCAAAUUUAGCAUUCAGUUCAAUCACUAUUUUUUUGUUAAGCCCUUAUUUUUAUGUUAAGGGAAUCGAUGCAAGCCUGUUUUGAUAAGGGAAUUGAUGCAAGGAACUUAUUGAACCCGUUUGUGGUUAUCAAAGUGAUUCCAAUAAGAGUUAGUGAUACCCACAUUGUUGAUUCAAGUGGUUGCCAUUUGGCUCCCCUCUUUCAAAUUCUAAAAGAUAUCUUUCUUGUGUCUUCUAUGCCAAUAACACUUAGACACAUGUCUUUCAUGUUAGGCAUUGCGAAAUUGGUGACUCGUGAAGGACCCCUAAACCCUUGACAUUUUUAUCAGAUUUGAGAAGACUAAUUUUAUUAGCCAUCUGAAUUUGCAAGCCA